AUGGAUCAAAAUCCAAUAAGCAAUAUGAUUAGUUAAACAAUUAAUAAGAAAUUGAUAUACAUUUGUGAACAUUGUAGAAAAAGUGAAAUUCAAAAAAAACUUGGGUAUUAUUCAUAUUCAAUUCAAAUUGAACCUAAAAAGUAAAAUUAAUCUCAUAAAUUCAACAAUAAUCUUGAAGAUAAAGAAAAUUAGAUGAUAGAUGUAUUUAAUAGAACUAAAACAUCUAAGAAUCAAUCGUUAAAGAAAGUUGAUAAAACUAGUAAAUUAAUUUUAGAGAUUAGAAUUCCUAAUCAAUAAUAAAUUUAAUAGUACAAUUAAUUAUAAUAGAAGUCUUUUAUUAAAAAAGAUAACAAGUUAAAAAAAUGA